UUCUAACACAUGAUGAAUACUAACAUUUGUAACACAAUUGACCAUUCCCUCUUAAAUCCCUGUCAAGCAUCUACUCCAAUAAUCGCACACGAUACAUCUAUAGUAAGAAAACGUGGACGACGUUCUACAAUACCUCCGGAAUAUCGAGAGCAAACAAGGAAACUUAAAAAACAAAAUCUGGAACGUCGUAGAAGAGCUUGUAUAUCAGAUAAAAUGAAUGCAUUGCAUAAUUUAGCUAUGGAUUUAAUCGGUGAAGACCCAACACAAUACCAAAAAAUUGAAAAAACUGAUAUUCUGAAUAUUUGUCACAGUGUCUUUGAAAAUGUUGUCGCUAUCGUGAAUGAACAACCAGAUAUACGUGAACGUGUAAAUCAGUUACGUAAUGAAUUUCAUGAUAAAUUAUAUUCAAAUCAAUCUAAUUCACUCAAAGAAAACAGUAUUGAUGAAGGUAACAAUAUGAAAAAGAGUAUAAACAGUUCAAUCCCAUUGAAUCAUCAUAUUGAAACCAAUUCACACAAUCAUUGUUAUCAAAGACAACAGAAUGUAUUGAAAACUCUUAAUUCGAAUGAAAUUACCUCUUCAAGACUAUUCAAUAAUUGUCCUAUUCAUCAUCAUUUCCCUAAAAGAUUUCAUUCAACACUGAAUACAACAAUAAAAAGACCAAUAACUAGAACAGAUACUGAAAUCAGAUCAAUACAAAUUACUCCUUCUGGACAGUCUAUAGACAGUGGAUUUGAAGAUAUUGAAAAUACAACAAUAGAUUUAUUACAAUCAUCACAAACAACAACUUAUAUACAAUCACAAAUAAUAAAGAUACCAAAAAAAAUGAUACAAUAUCAUCAUCAAUAUGAUGUUAAACAAUCUCAAAGUGGAAAUGAUGAACAAGUAAUUGAUUUAUCAUUUAAAAAAUUAAAUCAGAUUGAUAAACAUGAAGAAAUGUAUUCACUUGAUAAAAAAAAUGUUUGGAGACCAUAUUUAGACUAAAAACUUUCGAUUCCAUUGUCUUUCCUUUUGUAUACUAUUCUUCUAUUAAACAUUUUCUUAUUCACUCAAUAGAUAGAACAACUAC